AUGGGAGCCUUAGGGCUCCUAGGGCUGCUGCUACUGCUGCUUUCAGCGGCAGCCUUGGGCUCCGGAACCGGAACCGGGACCGGGACUGGCACCGGCCAUCUCGUCGGCUCACCCGCCGUGGGGCCAGCUCUGCAGCCUCGGGAGCCGCUCAGCUACUCACGUCUGCAGAGGAAGAGCCUGGCGGUGGACUUUGUGGUGCCUUCGCUCUUCCGUGUCUAUGCUCGGGACCUGCUGCUGCCGCCUUCGUCCUUCUUGGAGCCGAGGGCCAGACGGCCUGAGGCACGCGGCUCCUUGGCUCUCGACUGCGCCCCACUACUUAGGCUGGUAGGGCAACCGCCCGGGGUCUCCUGGACGGAAGGCUCCAGCUCGCCAGCCCCUGCCCAGGCACGGACGCUGACCAGGGUGCUGAAGGGCGGCUCGGUUCGCAAGCUCCGGCGCGCCAAGCAGCUGGUACUGGAGCUGGGAGAGGAGGCGAUCCUUGAGGGCUGUGUCGGACCCCCAGAGGAGGUGAUUGCAGGACUGCUCCAGUUCAACCUCAGCGAGCUGUUCAGCUGGUGGAUUCACCACGGCGAAGGGCGGUUGAGGAUCCGCCUGAUGCCAGAGAAGAAGGCUUCGGAAGUGGGCAGAGAGGGAAGGCUGUCCGCGGCGAUCCGUGCCUCCCAGCCCCGUCUUCUCUUCCAGAUCUUGGGGAUCGGUCACAGCUCCUCGGAGUCACCGACAAACCUGCCUUCUCCUCCUCCUGAUCCUUUUGUAUGGAAUCUGACCUGGAUAAUGAAAGAUUCCUUCCCUUUCCUGUCUCAUCGCAGUCGAUACGGUCUGGAGUGCAGCUUUGACUUCCCCUGUGAGCUGGAGUACUCCCCACCACUCCACGACCUCCAGAACCAGAGCUGGUCCUGGCGCCGAGUCCCCUCUGAGGAGGCCUCCCAGAUGGACCUGUUGGACGGGCCUGAGACAGAGCACUCCAAGGAGAUGCCCAGAGGCUCCUUCCUGCUCCUCAACACCUCAGCAAACUCCAAGCACACCAUCCUGAGCCCAUGGAUGAGGAGCAGCAGCGAGCACUGCAGCCUGGCUGUCUCAGUGCACAGGCAUCUGCAGCCUUCUGGGAGGUAUGUCGCCCAGCUACUGCCCCACAACGAGGCUGGAAGAGAGAUCCUUCUGGUACCCACUCCGGGAAAGCAUGGUUGGACAGUGCUUCAGGGAAGAAUUGGGCGACCAGAGAACCCAUUCCGAGUGGCCCUGGAAUACAUCUCUAGUGGAAACCGAAGCUUGUCUGCAGUGGACUUCUUUGCCCUGAAGAACUGCAGUGAAGGAACAUCCCCGGGCUCCAAGAUGGCCUUGCAGAGUUCCUUCACCUGCUGGAAUGGGACAGUCCUCCAGCUCGGGCAGGCCUGCGACUUCCACCGGGACUGCACCCAGGGAGAAGACGAGGGCCAGCUGUGCAGUAAACUCCCUGCUGGGUUUUACUGCAACUUCGAAGAUGGCUUCUGUGGCUGGACCCAGGGCACGCUCGCACCCCACACCUCCCAGUGGCAGGUCAGGACCCUGAAGGAUGCCCGGGUCCAGGACCACCAAGGCCAUGCCCUGUUGCUCAGCACUACUGAUGUCCCUACUUCUGAAAGUGCUACAUUGACCAGCACUACGUUUCCCGCCCCGAUGAAGAACUCUCCAUGUGAGCUCCGAAUGUCCUGGCUCAUCCGUGGAGUCUUGCAGGGAAACGUCUCCUUGGUCCUGGUGGAGAACAAAACUGGGAAGGAACAAAGUAGAAUGGUCUGGCAUGUUGCCACUAAUGAAGGCUUGAGCCUGUGGCAGUGGACAGUGCUGCCUCUUCUCGAUGUGGCUGACAGGUUCUGGCUGCAGAUUGUUGCGUGGUGGGGGCAAGGAUCCAGAGCCACCGUGGCUUUUGACAAUAUCUCCAUCAGCCUGGACUGCUACCUCACCAUCAGUGGGGAGGACAAGGUGCCACAGGAUACAGCACCCAAAUCAAGAAAUCUGUUUGAGAGAAACCCAAACAAGGAGCCGAAACCCUGGGAAAAUACACCAAGAGAGACCCCCAUCUUUGACCCUACAGUUCACUGGCUGUUCACCACGUGCGGGGCCAGUGGGCCCCAUGGCCCCACACAGGCCCAGUGUAACAACGCCUACCGGAAUUCCAACCUGAGCGUGGUAGUGGGAAGCGAGGGGCCCCUGAAGGGCAUCCAGACCUGGAAGGUGCCAGCCACCGACACCUACAGCAUCUCGGGCUACGGAGCUGCUGGCGGGAAAGGCGGGAAGAACACCAUGAUGCGGUCCCACGGCGUGUCUGUGCUGGGCAUCUUCAACCUGGAGAAGGGCGACACGUUGUAUAUCCUUGUCGGACAACAGGGGGAAGACGCCUGUCCCAGCACAAACCGGUUAAUCCAGAAAGUCUGCAUUGGAGAGAACAACGUGAUAGAAGAAGAAAUCCGCGUGAACAGGAGUGUGCAUGAGUGGGCAGGAGGGGGCGGAGGAGGGGGCGGAGCCACCUACGUAUUUAAGAUGAAGGAUGGCGUUCCAGUGCCCCUGAUCAUUGCAGCUGGCGGUGGCGGCAGGGCCUACGGGGCCAAGACAGACACAUUCCACCCAGAGAGACUGGAAAAUAACUCCUCGGUUCUGGGGCUGAAUGGCAAUUCCGGAGCCGCAGGUGGUGGAGGUGGCUGGAAUGAUAACACUUCCUUGCUCUGGUCUGGAAAAUCUUUGCUGGAGGGUGCCACCGGAGGACAUUCCUGCCCCCAGGCCAUGAAGAAGUGGGGGUGGGAGACAAGAGGGGGUUUCGGAGGGGGUGGAGGGGGGUGCUCCUCAGGUGGAGGAGGCGGAGGAUAUAUAGGCGGCAACGCGGCCUCAAACAAUGACCCCGAGAUGGACGGGGAGGACGGGGUUUCCUUCAUCAGUCCACUGGGCAUCCUGUACACCCCAGCGUUAAAAGUGAUGGAGGGCCAUGGGGAAGUGAAUAUUAAGCAUUACCUAAACUGCAGCCACUGUGAGGGAGAUGAGUGCCACAUGGACCCCGAGAGCCACAAGGUCAUCUGCUUCUGUGACCAUGGGACAGUGCUGGCUGAGGACGGCGUCUCCUGCAUUGUGUCCCCCACACCUGAGCCCCACCUGCCGCUCUCGCUGGUCCUCUCUGUCGUGACCUCAGCCCUUGUGGCGGCCCUGGUCUUGGCUUUCUCCGGCAUCAUGAUUGUGUACCGCCGGAAGCACCAGGAGCUGCGAGCCAUGCAGAUGGAGCUUCAGAGCCCUGAGUACAAGCUAAGCAAGCUUUGCACCUCGACCAUCAUGACUGACUACAACCCCAACUACUGCUUUGCCGGCAAGACCUCCUCCAUCAGUGACCUGAAGGAGGUGCCUCGGAAGAACAUCACCCUCAUCCGGGGUCUGGGCCACGGUGCGUUUGGGGAGGUGUAUGAAGGUCAGGUGUCUGGAGUGCCCAGUGACCCAAGCCCCCUGCAAGUAGCUGUAAAGACGCUGCCUGAGGUGUGUUCUGAACAGGAUGAACUGGAUUUCCUCAUGGAAGCCUUGAUUAUCAGCAAAUUCAACCACCAGAACAUCGUGCGUUGUAUUGGGGUGAGUCUGCAAGCCCUGCCCCGAUUUAUCCUGCUGGAGCUCAUGGCGGGAGGAGACCUCAAGUCCUUCCUCCGGGAGACCCGUCCUCGCCCGAACCAGCCCUCCUCCCUGGCCAUGCUGGACCUUCUGCACGUGGCUCGGGACAUCGCCUGUGGCUGUCAGUAUUUGGAGGAAAAUCACUUCAUCCACCGGGACAUUGCUGCCAGGAAUUGCCUCUUGACGUGUCCAGGCCCUGGCCGAGUGGCCAAGAUCGGAGACUUUGGAAUGGCCCGAGACAUCUACAGAGCGAGCUACUACCGAAAGGGAGGCUGUGCGAUGCUGCCGGUCAAAUGGAUGCCUCCAGAAGCCUUCAUGGAAGGAAUAUUUACUUCUAAAACAGACACGUGGUCCUUUGGAGUGCUGCUGUGGGAAAUAUUUUCUCUUGGAUACAUGCCAUACCCUAGCAAAAGCAACCAGGAAGUUCUGGAGUUCGUCACCAGCGGAGGGCGGAUGGACCCACCUAAGAACUGUCCUGGGCCCGUAUACCGGAUAAUGACCCAGUGCUGGCAACAUCAGCCUGAAGAUAGGCCCAACUUUGCCAUAAUUUUGGAGAGGAUUGAAUACUGCACCCAGGACCCAGACGUGAUCAACACCGCUUUGCCCAUAGAGUAUGGCCCACUCGUGGAGGAGGAAGAAAAGGUGCCCAUGAGGCCCCAAGACCCAGAGGGUAUUCCUCCUCUCCUAGUCUCCCCUCCACAAGCUAAACGGGAGGAAGGGCAGGAUCCAGCUGCCCCGCCCCCUCUGCCUUCCACUUCCUCCGGCAAAGCCUCCAAGAAACCCACGGCCGCGGAGCUCUCUGUUCGCGUCACCAGGGGGCCCGCCGUGGAAGGGGGACACGUUAAUAUGGCGUUCUCUCAGUCCAACCCGCCAUCAGAGCUACACAAAGUCCAGGGAUCCAGAAACAAACCCACCAGCCUAUGGAACCCAACUUAUGGCUCAUGGUUUACAGAGAAACCCACCAAAAAGAACAAUCCUCCGGCAAAGAAGGAGCACCAUGAGAGAGGAAACCUGGGACGUGAGGGAAGCUGUACCGUCCCACCGAACGUUGCAACUGGCAGACUUCCGGGCGCCUCUCUGCUCCUAGAACCAUCCUCGCUGACUGCCAACAUGAAGGAAGUGCCUCUGUUCAGGCUACGUCACUUCCCGUGUGGAAAUGUCAACUAUGGCUACCAGCAACAGGGCUUACCUUUAGAGGCCACCACUGCCCCUGGAACCAGUCAUUACGAGGACACCAUUCUGAAAAACCAGCCUGGGCCCUGAGCCCACUGGCACUCAUUUAUCUUCCUUGGGAACCCUGAGCCCGUGGAGGAGGGACAGGAAAUGGCUCCCCCACAACCAGAGACCAAACGUCGCUUUUCAUUUUGUGCCAACUUGUUUUGAAGUGCCACAGAAACAGCUGUAUUUUCAAAAUGCUUUAGGAAAAGGUUUCGAGCAUGGGUUCAUCUCAUUCUUUCAAAAGAAGAAAAAUAUCAUAAAGACAAGCGAGAAACACAA